AUGGAUGAGGUAGAGGGAUUGUGGAAAGAUUUCCAGCAGGCAAGUAUUGCCGGGGCUGAUGAUGGCCCACUUCCUCUAUCUAGUUUCCAAUUCCCCCGAAGAAAAGCCAAACGUACCGUGCACGGUAAAAUAUUCAACAUCCACCGGACGCUGGCUACCCUUUCGCCGAAACCAACAAUUGAUAUCCCUGCCCAAAAUGAGAGCGCUGGGACGGUAUUCAAAGGCGCAUCCACACCUGGAUACAGAACGGUUUACAGUAUCGACAGCUGGCAGUUUAUAGCAUCUACGGUGCAGCGACAGGUCAACACCCUCAAGGAAGAAUGCACCAAUGCUAGGAGAUGUGGUGCCCUGGCGACGCUUAGAGACCUCUUCUUAGAAGCUUCAGUGCCGAAUGUUUUCUACAACAGAACCUUCACUUUAUUACUUGACCCCCUGCUACUGUGCCUCUCGGAGCCGUCUGAGGCAGCCCGGCAUACGGCUGCUUGCUUACUACUGAGGUUCCUGACUGAAGUGGCAGACGUUGAUAUAGUCCUUGGAGAUGUGCUGCGUGGGUUGGCUUCGAGGUUUGGUUCCGGAGAUAUCGAAGGUGUUGCACAUCUCCCUCCUCUAAUGCGUCCAGCGCCUGAGUACAAGCCUCUGCAGAUGAUGCCCAUAGAAAAAAGUGAAGAAGUAAGGAAAACUUUGCUUCGAGUGCUCCAAACAGUGCUUAAUCGGACCUCGGACAAAUCAGCUUGGGGCCACCUCGACUUGAUCACAGGCCUCAUACGCGCGGCAACUAUGGAUAUCUGCCACGAGAUCAAAUUUGCUGCGCUGCAAACCGUCGUCGAAUUUUUCGACCGCCACCAAAAUAUGCUGCUUCAUUUUACCGAACCAGUAGCAAGAUCAAUUCUUUCAUGUCUUGUGCACCAACAUGCUAGGAUCCGAAUGGGAGCUCUUAGAGCGCUGACUCAUGUUCUUGCUUGUGGCUUGUACAAGUACAACGGCGAGAUAAUCCAGAUGCUAGCGGGGUGGCGUGAUCCGAACAUUGUUCCAAUCAAGGCGUUGUAUGAAACGACAACAGUCCGCAACUAUUUUGCCGAGCUCCUAGCAGACCAGUCGCCUAUGGUCCGAAUGCUUUUUUUCGACACCGUCGCGCGGUGGCUACACGAAUUUAAAGACAAGGCAGACUACGAAACAUGGAUCUUCCCUUAUCUUCUGAGCGGGCUUUUCGACUCAUUCAGACCCAUACAGCAGUUGGUAUUUCGACUUCUGGAGAUUCUGGGUAGGCAGUACGAAGCUACGCAUGAAAAGGACCUUCGCAACAUUAAGCAGCUUGGGACUCCUGAACCCUGGAGCUACGGUGGGCAAGCCUGCCUUAGUUUCCCUUUAGGAGGCUACUGGGAUUUGGCCGACGCGAGCAAAGUGCGUGAUGAGACAGAACAGUUCGUGUCGUUUGUUAGCACGUACAGCGAACGCUUGCACUCUCUGGGAUUUAAUGGCUACUCUCUGUCUGAAAGCCAAAAAGAAAAGUUCACCAAACCGGGCGGCGCGCUCGUGGGCGAUCCACCAAGGCCCUGUCUUGGAGCGCGUAUGAUGGUUAGAACGUACUUUAGACGUUACGCAAACACACUUUUCCAGCGCGUGGAGGACUUCAAGGAAGUUACCAUGGCAGCAUCGGCUCGCCUGAUGGUGAUUACUUUCGCCUUCAUAGAGGAAGCGUGUGUUGAAUGGCUUGAUAGUACCUUGUCAAUUUGCUGCCAACACCUGUCCGCGUCUCAUCAGGCUUCGCCACAGGCGCUGGAAGCGUAUAAAGUAACUGCACGCCUAAUAGGAGCUUUUGUCGAUCCCGAAAUAUACUGGGAUUUUGUGAAAUGUGCACUUGAAGAGUCCUGCCUAGAGGAAACUCAUGAUAGAGUUGCGAAGGUUGGCUUGCUGGCACUAAUGCUAGAAGGCUCAUUCGCGGUCCUUCAGAAAACCUCCAACUCAACUCUGGGCUUGGGCCGUCUUAAACCAGUGGUGCCCAAGAUUGCUGAAGCACUCUGCUACACUCAGCUUCUACAGGAGCAAUACGUCAGAUUUGCUGCUGAAAGCGUGACCAAGGUCCUUCAAGUCCUGAUACCUGGUGUAGUUAGGCAACACGAAACUCUACCCUUGACGACAUGGCAUCAUCUGCUAGGCGCCAUUUGCUCUCUUGCAGCUCCUGAUAGUGUAGACCUGGAUGCCGGUGACAGCAACCCCUUAGCUCCACAUCUCCGGGAUCUACUUGACAACUUGGCUAUCUGCAGUGGGUUUGCAACCAAUGAAUUAUCCUCUUUGAAGGAAAAGGAUACACUGUGGCACUUGGUUGAAGUCUCCAGCGGCUGUCCGCCAGCAAAUUUGGCAGCACUGAACACAUAUGUAAGGUAUUUGCCGUGCGCAAGCAUCCGCGAAGAGGAAACUUUCGAGCUUCUUCUUGAGAAGCUGCAAGAAUUUUCCUCAGCAACACAAAAGGCUGCAACGAGAAGAGGAACCAGGCGGACAGCUUUGAGGCUUAUCAAGCGGCUGGUAUUGGAGAGCCCACUGACUAAUCAAUCAAGCGACACAGACAGCAGUUCUCCAGUUAUCCAGUUAAGCUGUGCGUUUCCAGCUUUAAAAGCUAGCAUUAACUGGGACAAUUUAUCGUCUCGAGAACCUACAGAAGCACAGGCCAAUGUGACGGCACCGGAAAAAAAGGUGGAAAGCUCAGAAAACCGAAAUAAAUUGCUAAAGUCCCCAAUACAGGCUGCAGCGAAGAUAUUGACCAGCAUAUUGCUUAAUAAGCUGCGCCAGUUGGACUUUGCCGACGAUUUGGAAGAUACUCUACUAGCCCUGACGGAGUUUUUUACUCUGCCUCAACCACCAAGUUGCGCGAUUUCGCUCCACGAAACUUUGGAAACAUCAGGAUUCAUUAGGAUCUUGGGCCGGUUUCUGCAAGACCAUGCUCUGCACAGACGACUUUUUUGCGUUGCUUGCGGAGUGUAUGCUGAAGAAUGUGCUGCCAGAUACCCUAAAAAGUACCCUGCCACGGUGUUGGAGGACAUCCCAUUGGGGAAACGCCGAGAACUACGUUUGUCUGCCAUCAAGGCUUCAGCAGCUCUAAAGGGCCAAGCUGUGCUGCUGAUGAGACUCUCUUUACCAGUCGUGCUUAAAAGCUGCAUUAGCCUCAAAUGCCUACUGAAUGCAUUGGUUGGGUCACUUCAUCCGCCCAGCACGCUUCAGCAGCUGCAGGACAUGCGUAUGGGAGAGAAUAAUGAUGCCUCCUGGAAUAAGCUUAGCUCUUGCGAAGUCGAAAUGGGCCUAGACGACGCUUGCGACCAAUGUAGGGAGAAGGCGGCGGCCCUGGUAGAGGACAAAACUGGACAGGGAGAUAAUCGCACUGUUCCGCACUGCACUUCAUCCUUACCUUUUCAGCCUCAAAGCCCAUGGCUCCUGUUUCAAAUUGCUGGCUGUAUUUGGGAUGCAGUAAGUAUGGUGAUAUCUUGCCAUGUUAGUUCAGCCAGCCGAGACGCGAACACCCAUGUGCCCGGCAAGCGCCUUGCACUUUGUUUUCCCCAGUCAUUAGUAAUGCCGCGAGCUUGGCACCUCCCGGUGCACAGCCAUCUUCAGCUUGAAAGCGCAGGCCGAGCUCUUCUUGAGCUGUGUACGGAAUCUGAGCUAAUUCGGGCAGUCGAUAGCUGCGUUAGGCAGAUUGUCGAAAUUCAGGGACCAGCCUCAACAGAUGCAAAGUUGUUCAUGGACAAGUUCAAAAACGAUUCAAGACACCGCACCGAAACGAGCCCCAGUCUAAAAGAGGCCGUUACAAUGGCAAAAAGCCAGGUAGAGAGUCUACCAGCUGAAACCCAAAAGGAGCAAGCAGUCCUUGCUCUUAUGUACGUCAUACGGCUGUUUGGCAUCGUCCGCCCUAGCGCUAUUCAGGAAUGCAUAAAACAGUAUGACUACAAGGGACAUUUUAGCCGGCGUGAAGUUUUGGUUCGCAUCCUUGGCAAUCCCACCAUCGCCCCAUCUGGCUCUUUAGAAUCAGCAACAUUUAGCAACCAGCCACGUCUUGAUGUUGCAUAG